CUUAGCCACGUGACAGCCCUCUCCUUCCGGCUGGUGUGUUUUUUUGGGCCAGCUCGUACGCUGCUGUUGUGUCUGCAGCCACAGACAGGAGACUAGUGAAAGUAGUCGACCCUCGCAGUGGGAACUACUUGUUUAGACAGAGUGGUAUAGCAGUCGGGCAUGAAAGAUGGAGCUCUCGGCGGUGGGUGAUCGCGUUUUCGCCGCGGAAUCCAUCCUCAAGCGCCGCGUCCGCAAGGGUAGUCUUGAAUAUCUUGUGAAAUGGAAAGGCUGGGCGCUAAAGCACAGUACCUGGGAGCCAGAAGAGAACAUUCUGGAUGACCGCCUGCUCCUGGGCUUUGAGCAGAAGGAGCGUGAAAGAGAAAUGCACGGGCCAAAGAAACGAGGGCCGAAACCCAAAAGUCCUGGCAUGAAGGCUCGUACUCUAAAAGGGGAGACAAGCAGUGGGGACGCCAACCAACGUAAGAGCACCCGCCGCGCCUCUCCAGGGGACCCCGCCCUAAGCCCUCCUCCACCUCCGUCCGCUGCUGCUGCCACCUCCUCUUCCUCCGCCUCCGCCACCUCUGUGACCCCCGCCGCCAAGAACUCCUCCCUGGCCUCCACCCACAAGCUGAAGAAAGACAUUCACCGCUGCCACCGCAUGUCCAGGCGCCCCCUGCCCCGCGCCCUCGCCGCCUCCUCCGGGCCCGGCCCCGGGGGCUUCCCCUCGCGCCCCCACGCCUCCCCCUUCUCCGAGACGGUGCGCAUCCUGAACCGCCGGGUCAAGCCCCGGGAGGUGAAGCGCGGCCGCAUCAUCGUCAACCUGAAGGUCAUCGACAAGCCCGGCCGGGGGUCCGCGGCCGGCGGCAGGGGGGCCCCGGCCGGCCGGCAGAACCUCCCGUCCCGCAACCGCAUCAUCGGGAAGAGGCACGGCGAGGCGGCGCCCUACCGGCCCUUCCAGCCCCCGCUGAAGAUGCUGGGCUUCCCCAUGUACGGGAAGCCCUUCGGCCUGCAGUGCGGAGGGCCCCGGCCCUUCCACCCGCUCACGGGCGGCCCCAUCCCCGAGAGCGCCGCCCAGGGUCAGCCCGGCCCGGCGUCGGGCCCCCCCUCCGGCGCCCCUCAGGCCCCGGCCUGCUCCCAGCCCCGGCCCAGCCGGCCCGCGACGGAGGCCCCCGAGAGCCGGACCACCCAGCCGUCGACGCCGAGCCUGGCGGCCGCCACGUCCCCCUCCUCCUCCCUCCCCGACGACGCGGCGCCCUCUGCUGCGUCCGGCCGGCAGGCCAACCCCCCCCCGCCGGCCGCCCCCGCCGAGCCCUCCCGAGUGCCCGCCGAGGGGGACCCCGAUUGGCGCCCCGACACGGGGCCCAGCUGCAAGGGCGUGGUCGUCACCGACGUCACCACCAACCUGGUCACCGUCACCAUCAAGGAGUUCCCCUCCCCCGCCUCCUGCCCCCCCUCCCCCUCCUCCGCCGGCACCGAAGCUGGCUCCGCCCCUUCUGCCGCCGCUGUUGAGCCCGCCCCUCCCAAAAUCCGUCUCCGGAUCUUCUUCGCCGGCAUGAAGUUCGUCGUGGUUCUCGUAGCUGCGGGCACGGUGGCCUUCCUCGGCGCGGUCAUCUGCAUCAUCGCCAGCGUGUAUCCUCGGAAGAUCGUGGCUCCGGGUGUCGACAACGGCACCCUGGCGCCCGAGAGGUUUGACGCCCUCGCCCCGGGCGCCGUGGCUCAUGCCGGGCCACUGGGCGCUCUCCAGGGUGGUGGUGGGUCAUUCGACGGAGGAAACAGCCUGGGAGGAAUCGGCUUCGACGUCCCCACUCUGAAUGAGCUCGGCACAGGGGACGUGGCCGGAGUAGGGUCCGCCAAGACGUUUAGCUUCAAUCGCUUGAUCUGCACUCCGGUUCCGGUUGGAGAAUGUAACCACAAGAUCUUUCGGCAGCAGCAGCAGCCACAGGCGGACGACCCGUGGGCUGUGGACGAGGAAUCGGUCAACCUCCGGACCACGGCGAAAGACCUCCGGCAGGUGGUGGGCCAGCAGAACGAACAGAUCCUCAUGGACAAGCAGACCAUCCGCGAGCUUACCGGGAAACUGAACGAGUGCGAGAGCGACCUCGAGGACGACAAGAACGUGCCCGAGCGCAGCGUGGGACCGUGGAGCAGCAACCGCCGUUUCAUGGCGGGAGAUGACGUUAGCUCCUCGGCGGCGGCUCAGCUGCAGACGGCGCGGGCCGUUGAGGAGCUGGAGCGGGCCAUCAUGGAUCUGAAGGACCGCAUCGAGAAACUGGAGGCAGAGAUCGGCCCGGCUGCGUUGAACCUCACCGACACAUCCGCCAGCACCACCAGUAGCAGCGGCGCUAGCAACACCGGCAGUUCUAGCAACAGCGGCGGCAAUAGCAACAGCGGUAGCGUCACCGUCAGCCGGACGACCGCCCCCCCGGCCGCGCCCGGGGCCUCCGGCCCGGGGGCCCCCGGUUUUGGAGGGCGCCGCCCCGCGGCCCGACCCGCGCCCCAGGGCGGGAGCUCCGGGCGGGGGGGCAAGGGCCCCUGGAAGGUGGGCGACCUGGAGGGGGAGCUGGAGAGGAAGAUCAAGCUGCUGGAGAAGGAGCGUCAGACCAUGAGGAAGGAGAGCCAGGGCCACCGGGACAACAUCGACAAGGGCCUGGAGACCGUGGACCACCGCCUGGCCGAGCUAGAGCACACGAUGACAGAGCUCUCCUUCCCCGACGGCUUUGUGAUCUCCUUCCCUAUACGGACCAACCAGAUGUACGGCAUGGUGAGGAAGGAGAUGCCCGAGAUGUACGCCUUCACCGCCUGCCUGUGGCUGAAGCCCAAGGAGGGUGGCAUCGGGACCCCCUUCUCCUACUCAGUCCCUGGGCAACCCAACGAGCUGGUCCUGCUGCAGGGGGUCCACAACCCUGUGGAGCUGCUCAUCAACGACAAGGUGGCGCAGCUGCCCCUGUCUCUGCUGCAGAAUGAGUGGCAGCACGUCUGUGUGAGCUGGACGCUCCGGGACGGGGUGUGGAAGGCCUUCCAGGGCGGCAAGAUGAAGGGCAGGGGAGAGGGGCUGGCCGCCUGGCACCCCAUCAAGCCCGGGGGGGUACUCAUCCUGGGGCAGGAGCAGGACACCCUGGGUGGACGGUUCGACGCCUCCCAGGCGCUGGUGGGGGAGCUGUCCCAGUUCAACCUGUGGGACCGGGUGCUGAAGCCAGCGGAGGUGGCCGCCCUGGCCGACUGCAGCUCCCCCGUCCUGGGCAACAUCGCCCCCUGGACCGACCUGGACGUGGACGUCUACGGUGGGGCGAUCAAGGAGUCCCUGGACCCCUGCCACGCCGCCCAGAGGACCAACCCCAAGGGACACAAACAGUGAGGGGAGACGGAGGGGGGAGACGUCCAGAGGAGGGGAAGGGGGUGAGGGAGAGAUGGGAGAGCUGGAGACAUUGGGGCAGAUGAUUGUAGUGAGCUUAAAGAGGGGCAUGAGGUGUAGGUGGUUUUUAUGGGGUUUGGGAAACGGGUGGUGGAAGAUUCAGCGGUCCCUCUAAACUAACUCAACUGAUUCAUUAAGAUAAUUUAUGUUGACAUAUUUUAUCUGAAUACACGUUUGUGUUCGACGAGUAACAAGUUGGAAGGGUUGAAAUAUAACCAUGUAAUCGAACACCUAUCUUAGGCUAUAACCUUGUCCUUCAUCUAGGAUCCUGUCUCAAACAAAGGCAUACUAAUUUAAUUAGGAUCAGACAAUAAACUUAAUGUAGAUUGCUUAUAUCACUUGAAGUGGAGUUUGUCGACUUUGCGAGCCAAGAUGGCAGAAUGUCGAAAGUCUAUUGAAUCCAUCCCUCUUAGUUUUAUUGAUUUUCCGAUACCUUUGGUGAGGAAAGGUCACCCAAAGUGUGAAGGAUUUUGUUUUGUUUAGCUCUCACAUCACACACAAGUGGUUCCUUGAGAUUCAGUCACACCUCCUGGGUCACCUGAGGACAGGCAGCAUGAACGUACGCGGUAUUGAUGCCAGAAGUGUAUUAUACGAUUUGUAUUUGUUAUGCGUAAUAGUUGGUCUGAUUGUUUGGCAUUUUUGUAUUGUUUUUUUAUUGGUUUGAUUGUAUUGGUUGACUGUAGGUUUUAUCUGAUAGUAUUGGAUCUGCCGUUAUGGGUUUCACUGUUGUCUACUUUGUCAGGGUCGACAUGUGCUUUGCCAACAGUUUUACCUGUGAGCUGUGGGUGAAAUAGGUGUAAGCUGGUGACGGAUGCCAUAGAAGAGGUGUAUUUACAAAAAAUACUCUGGGCGAUUUUGGAAACGCACCUGUGUUUCCAGACCGCCUCAGAUCCAAAAUGGACGUGAAGGAAAUCUCAUGAGGUCCAGACACCCUGGAGGGGACAAAAUGCCCCAGAAAUAUGUUUUGGGGGAUUUUUUGUAAUGUUUUUUUUGUGCUUAGUUGCUUAAGUUUAUGCUGAAUUGUGAAUUACAUUCUGAGGUAUCACCUCAUCAUAACUUUGCUAUAUUUAUUCACUUUGAUACUCAAAGAUGAGCACUAUGUUUGCUUGAUAUUGUUUAUUUUUUACGUGUUGGGUGAUGUUUGUGUGCUUCGAUUUUUUUUAUACACUGCGUGCAGCAUUGAUUUCUCAGUGCAGUGUCGUUGUUUAUUUAUGUAUUUCAUUUAUACACGUUCUGUGGUUUAACGUAUAACUGCUACAGUCUCUUUGUGCUGUUCCAUGCCCUUGCUAUAAAACAUCUCAUCCACAUAAUGCCCACUCUACUCUUUUUAUCUCCACAUUCCUCUACAUUUGCCGUGCCUCUCAAUUGGAUCUGACAACAUGUAUCUUAGCCUCUGCACCGAUGCCAUUGCCUACCAAAGCACUCAUGCUUUACCCCACCAAACUGUGACCAUGUUUGGCUUCCCUUGGUUGGGUGCCCUGAGAUCUAAACUCGGGUGAGAUGUAACAUGCACGAGCAUGAAUGUGCACCCUUCUGCGUGCAUGAGCGUGGAGGGCCUGAUAGAUCUUUUAUACUUCACGGCAUACUGGAGAGAGCAGUAGACUUCCAUCCUCCACACAGUCUGAGCACGACGGCUCCUUGGCCCUUUUAUACACCCACUGGUGUUACAUAUUGAAUAACAAAUAAAGUGGGAAAAGAGUCUAGUGUAACAUAACCGUGUAUGUUCAACUCCCUCCUCACAUGUAGGCCUACCUCACAGUUUCUGUCCCAACUGAGCAGUGACGCCUGUGUCUUCAAAGUGCCUGUUUGGGCACACAUGCCCACAACCAAAAUAUUACCCAUCAUUGCUUCCUUUCACUCUGCCUCUCGUUUUCUUCACUCUUCUUCUUCGCUCACUUCACCUCAUUCUGUCUCUCUCUCUCUUUCUCUCUCUGUCUCUCUCUUUCUGUCUCUCUGUCUCUGUCUCUGUCUCUGUCUCUCUCUCUCUCUCUCUCUCUCUCUCUCUCUCUCUCUCUCUCUCUCUCUCUCUCUCUCUCUCUCUCUCUCUCUCUCUCUCUCUCUCUCUCUGUCUCCCUCCCUCUGAAGUUUCUCUCACUGUCUCUUGUUUCCCUCUCUCUCUUUCUCUGUCUCUCGCUCUCUGACUACACCCACACUCUCUUGCUUUUGGUUAUUUGAUGUUAAAGACUGUGAGAUCAGUAUUGUGCUUGGCAUUAUGAACACGUCUAUGGAUCUACUGUGAUAUUGUUAAUAUGUGGACAAAGAAAUAAAGUUAUUAUAAUAAUUCAAA